AUGGCGAGACCCUUGGCUUCCCCCUCGCUCAUGGUGGCAGCCAAGGCGCUGCUGUUCUGGGCUCUGGUGUACAGCUGCUGCGCCCUCUGCGCCGGCCUGCAGCUGCUGAAACUUUUGUGGAGCCUCGCGACGAGGCCGGCCAAGACCUUCCAGCGGCCCGCCCGCGACAACCCGCCCGCCUGCCUCAACGACCCCUCCUUGGGGACGCACUGCUAUGUCAGGACCAAGGAUUCUGGAUUAAGAUUUCACUAUGUGGCUGCUGGCGAGAGGGGGAAACCACUAAUGCUGCUACUCCAUGGCUUUCCAGAGUUCUGGUAUUCCUGGCGUCAUCAAAUGCGGGAAUUUAAGAGUGAAUACAGAGUUGUGGCUCUGGAUUUGAGAGGUUACGGAGAAACAGAUGCUCCUGCCCAUCGAGAGAACUACAAGCUUGAUUGUCUGAUUACAGAUAUAAAGGAUAUCUUAGAGUCUCUGGGAUACAGCAAGUGUGUGCUGAUUGGGCAUGACUGGGGUGGAAUGAUCGCUUGGCUAGCCGCUAUUUGUUACCCAGAAAUGGUGAUUAAGCUGAUUGUUGUUAAUUUUCCACAUCCCUCUGUUUUUACAGAAUACAUUCUACGACAUCCAUCGCAAAUGAUGAAAUCCUCUUUCUACUACUUCUUCCAGAUGCCAUGGUUUCCUGAACUUAUGUUUACAAUAAAUGAUUUCAAGACCUUGAAAAACCUCUUUACCAGCCCAUCUACUGGAAUAGGAAGGAAAGGCUGCAAGCUAACAGCAGAAGAUAUUGAAGCUUACCUUUAUGUUUUUUCCCAGCCGGGAGCACUAACUGGUCCCAUUAAUCACUAUAGAAACCUUUUCAGUUGCCUACCUCUUCAGCACCAUGAGGUCACAAUUCCUACUCUGUUGCUAUGGGGAGAAAGAGAUCCUUUUAUGGAGGUCGAGAUGGCAGAAAUCACAAGAAUUUAUGUCAAAAAUCAAUUUAGACUGACGGUUCUGUCUGAUGCUAGCCAUUGGCUCCAACAAGAUCAACCUGACAUCGUGAACAAGUUGAUAUGGACUUUUCUAAAAGAAGAGUCAAGAAAAAGAGAGUGAUUUUUUUUUUU